AUGGCGUCCAUGAGAGCCCGCAACAAGAUCCGGGCUCCGCGACGGAGUCACGCAUCUACGCCAACAGAGGACUUUGACGCCAUCUGGAAAAUUCUGGCGUCUUCGCUGUCGGGUAUACACACCAAAAAUGCCUCGAGUCUAUCAUUCGAAGAGCUUUACCGAAAUGCAUACCGGAUCGUGACGAUGUCGCGGGGUCUGGAGCUCUAUGAGCGGGUCAAAGCUCUGGAGAAGGACUGGCUGCACAACCAUGUACGGAGUCAAGUCACAGAUUCCAUACUCCCAAUUCUUCUUCGUGCAGAGAACGGGCCAGACCGAGGUAUGCCUGUGCAAGAACAGUCUAACGAACGGCGUGCUGCGGCAGAGCGAUUCCUCUCCGUCCUGAAAGAGACUUGGCAAGAUCAUCUAGUGUGUAUGGGCAUGAUCACAGAUGUUUUGAUGUAUAUGGAUCGAACAGUUUCCGGGGAUCGCAGCAAUCCGUCCAUCUUUGUCGUUUCGAUGGCACUCUUUCGUGACAAUGUGCUUCGAGUGCCUGUACGCCCCGACUUGUCAAUAACCGUUGAACACGUUCUUCACUCGACGAUCCUCUUCCUGGUACAAUUAGAACGAGACGGCCACAUGAUUGAUCGACCGUUAAUUCGUCAUUGUGUGUCAAUGUUGGAGGGUUUAUACGAGACAGUGAUGGAAGAGGAAACAUCCAGGCUGUACAUCACCACCUUUGAACCACUCUUCCUCAACGCGAGUCAGGACUUCUACCGGGCAGAAGGGGCUCAGUUGUUAGAGGAAGGGGAUGCCACAACCUUCUGUCGCCAAGCUCUAAAGCGUAUCGGCGAAGAGCAAGAACGAUGCAAUGUCACGCUGUCUGCCAGUACUGAACCUAAGAUCAAUCAGGUCAUCGACAAGGAGCUGAUCCUUCCCAAUAUUGGGGAAGUAGUGCGCAUGGAUGGAACUGGUGUUCGACACAUGCUUGACCAGAAGCAGCUCGAUAGUCUGCGAGACUUGUAUACGCUCAAUGCUAGAGUCGAUGAGAAGAAGAGUGUCCUGACUCAAGAACUCAGCAAUCGCAUCAUUGAAUUAGGCCAUGAGAUCAAUACUAUGUCGUUGGCACCACCACCACCACCACCACCACCACCAGCAGCCUCAGGGCCCACUCAAAAUGGGGACCAGGCAACCCCUGAAAACGGGAAACGCUCCAAGGAUCCCAAGAAGGAGAAGAAUGCAGAGAAAGAGAAAACUGUCAACACACAAACCGCGUCAGCCAUCAAAUGGGUUGACGAGAUAUUGGCUCUCAAGCGGCAAAUCGACAACGUCUGGCUUCAUUCGUUCAAGUCUGAUCAGACUCUGCACAAGUCCAUUGAUGACAGCUUUGGGGAAUUCAUCAACAGAAAUACGCGGAGCUCCGAAUUCCUAUCGCUCUUCUUCGACGAGAAUCUCAAAAAGGGUAUCAAGGGAAAGACGGAGGACGAGGUCGACACACUGUUGGACAACGGUAUUUUGCUUCUCCGAUACAUCAAGGACAAGGAUCUGUUUGAGACAUAUUACAAGAAGCACCUGGCUCGCCGGCUUCUGAUGAAGAAAUCUGCCAGCAUGGACGCGGAACGGCAGAUGAUUUCAAAGAUGAAGAUGGAGGUCGGCAAUCAAUUCACCCAGCGAAUCGAGUCUAUGUUCAGGGACAUGGCCAUCUCACAGGACUUGACGACGAGCUACAAAAGACACAUGUCUCAAACUAACGCUGCGGACGAUGAUCGUCCCGACCUUGAAGUUCAUGUUCUCACAAGCACCAUGUGGCCCAUGGAUGUCAUGGGCAAGAACAAGAACAAAGCGGAGGCUCCUCCAUGCGUCUAUCCCCAACAGAUCAAGACCCUGAAGGAGAGCUUCGAGAGAUUCUACCUCGACAAGCACAGCGGUCGUCAAUUGUCUUGGCAAGCAGCCAUGGGGUCCGCCGACAUUCGCGCCAAAUUUGUGCGGAGCAAUGGCAAGGUCCAACGUUACGAGCUCAACGUGUCCACGUACAUGAUGGUCAUCCUACUUCUGUUCAACGAGAUUGCAGAUGGUGAGACUUUGACAUUUACGCAGAUCCAGGAACAGACCCAGAUUCCUGAGAACGAUCUGAUUCGUAAUCUGCAGUCUCUCGCAGUCGCACCCAAGACACGAGUCUUGAAGAAAGUGCCGAUGAGCAAGGAUGUCAAGCCGACGGAUCGAUUCUCGUUCAACCACGAGUUCCAGAGCCCGUUCGUCAAGGUGCGCAUUGGGGUCGUCGCUGGCAAUGCCAACAAAGUAGAGAGUCGGGGUCAACGCGAAGAGACCGAGAAAAAGCUGAACGAGGAACGCCGGCACAUCAUCGAGGCCGCCGUGGUCCGAAUUAUGAAACAACGCAAGCGCCUUACUCAUCUGAACCUCAUGAACGAGGUCCUUGCCCAAUUGACCUCGCGCUUUGUCCCCGACGUGAAAAUGGUCAAGCAACGUAUCGACAGUCUGAUUGACCGGGAGUACCUGGAGCGUCUAGGAGACGAGGCGUCAACAUACGUCUACCUCGCAUAA